AUGAAGGCCAUGUACGGUGGCCGCACCGCUGCCCUCUACCUCUCCGACGUCCUUCCGACUACCUACAACGCCGUUAAAGACGCGGCCGUCUACCCUGGCGAUACCGUCGCUAUCUUCGGCGCUGGCCCCAUCGGUCAGAUGGCAGGGUCCUACGCCCUCAACGAAGGCGCCUCCAAAAUCAUUUUCGUCGACACCGAGCCCCGCCUGUCCUUCCUCAGCUUCGACGCCACCAGCAAGGAGACUGUCGUGAGCAAGCUCAAGGAGCUGACGGGUGCACGCGGACCCGACGUCGCUAUCGAGUGUGCAGCAGGCGAGUAUGCCAAGGGCUGGAUGCACUGGUUGGAGAUGUCGCUCGGUGCCGAGACGGACACGAGUGAGAUUCUGAAUGAGAUGGUUGAGGACGUGAGGAACUAUAGAAGGUGUGGCAUUACGGGGGUUUAUGUCGGCUAUGUGAGCUCCCUUGAUACGACAGUGAGGACGGGCGAGCUCAAUCCGAUGCAGAUGGUGUCGCACCGCGUGCAUAUUGAAUAUUUGGAUAAGGUGUACUACAAAUUUGACACCAAGGACAAUUCCAUGCAGAAGGUCUUUGUUCAGAUCAAGUUCUCGUUCCCGAGAGCCAGGAGAGUCCCGAGUUGA